AUGCCAUCUACCAAGCUUGAAAGCACUCCCCAAAAAUGGUUAAUUACAUAUAAUUCUAUUUCUGCUUCAUUGUGGUCAAUUGUAUUUUUUAAUACUGUUUUCUUGAGUUUGUCUUUGGGUCAACCUUACUUUUUUGACAUGACAAACAAAGUUACCACGAUCAUCCAAUGUUUUGCUGUUGUGGAAAUUUAUAACUCGGCUACGGGAAAUGUAAAGUCUCCCUUGUUUACUACAGUAACCCAGGUGUUUUCGAGACUAUUGAUCGUCUUGGGGAUUUGUCAAUUGUUACCUGAUUCGCCUGCAAACGUUCAUUGGUGUUUUAUUACAUUAUGUUUAUCAUGGUCAAUUACUGAAAUAAUUAGAUACUCUUAUUAUGCGUCUAAUUUGCGUUCUCCUGGUAACGUACCAUAUUAUUUGACGUGGGCUCGCUAUUCAUUAUUUUUUGUAUUAUAUCCAACGGGUGUUAUGUCUGAAAUGUUUAUGGUUUAUUUAUCUCUUGAUGAAGCUCAAGAUGUUGUCGGUUAUUUGUACUCGUGGUUUUUGAAAGCUAUGUUAGUUACUUAUUUGCCUGGCUUUUACAUGUUAUACACAUACAUGAUCAAGCAAAGAAAGAAGGUUUUAGGAAAACCAAAAACUUUGAAGAAAACCGAAUAG